UAUAAAGUCGGUUUCAUUUUUUUUUAGAUAAGUAUUUAUAUAUAUUUUUAAAUGAAAUUCAUAUUAUGGGAGAAGAAGAUGAUCUUAAUACUUCUAUUGCACACAUUGUGUUAUGCUGUGUAGCUGGACAAAAUCUAGGGCGUGUGCAUGCCAAAAGUUAUUCACAUCCGGGGAUGCAUGUUAAUUUUUUCGUUCAUGGAAUAUUAGGAUUUUUACACUACCAGAGCGGAAGAUUUAAUAACGAUUUCAGAACACCCUAUUUCAUCAGUUACAGCGCUAGUCGAUAUUUAGCGCUGCCUUGUCUAAUGGCAGAUUUAUACCGUGGCGACCAAAGCUUAAGUACAAUCCAUCUUGUCUCUGGUUUAAUUCCAUUCGUGAUGGCCUUGGCAGGAAACGACAAUCCACAUUUAGGAAAUUUGAUGAUCGCAUGCAAUAUUGUAUCAUUGUGCGUUUAUUCUCAACAGAAUGAUAGGAUUUGGGGAUGGUAUACGGCUGGGGCGGGAGUUAUUGCAUAUUUUUGUACUCCACAAAUUGGUAAAAAAGUCGCGUACCCUUUGUUUCUUGCACUAAUGGAAUAUUGUGCCUAUAAAAUCUUCCGUAUUCAUUUCCCCUCGCCGUAA